AUGCUGAGCAUGAGAUUAGUUGCGAGAAGUGUGAUACGUAAAUGCCCACCCUUGGCUUUCCGCGCCAAGCUUCCGGUCCGGAACGUUGCGACAAACGCAUUUGCAGCAACUAAAUUGAAAAAAGAUACCUGGCAGAAAUGGAUGUAUAGUUUAGGCGCAUUCGGUGCACUAUCUUUUGGAAUAUACUACUAUUACUGGCCACGCCACACAUUUCCCAACGGGGUAGCGAAGAUCUUGAGGAAGGCACUGUGGGAAGAGAGUGACAAGAAAGAGCACGAUUACCAGUCAGCACUGAAAUACUACCUAGAGGCGUUAGACGAAUGUGAUAAGCUUUCUAUGGAUCCUGUGAGUGAUGAAUAUACGGGCAUCGAGCUGAAGGUCGCAGAGAUGUACGAGAGACUCAACAUGGAUGACAAUGCUCAUGACCUUUACUUGGAAAUGUUAUACAGGUACUUUGACGCCCUCCAUGCGCCUGGUCGCGUGCCGGAUAAUCUGAGACCACAUUUGAUCCAGAAGGACCUCAGGAUUUUGAUCAAAUCCCUUGAACUGAAUAAAGAUAUACAGAUUGGCAAAAGGAACCUUCUAGCACACCUACUAUUGGCCCAAGAAGAAGUGUUAAGCAGAUCGCCGGAACUAAAAAAGUAUUUUGAGAAACGUAAAGAGCGGGCCGAGAAAUUGUUUCAGGGCAAAUCGGCUGUCCAGUCUUUGAACUUCGAGAAUUUCGUAACUGAAGACAACAUCAAGCUAAAUGAGGAUUCCUACAUGAUCGUGGAUAUGGCCAAGAAUAGCAGUGCAUGGGAACCAUUCAAAGAGGAAUUUUUCACUGCCAGAGAUUUGUAUACGGCCUACUGUCUCUCGACCAAAGAUAUAAAUUCUGCUCUGAGUUGUAAACUGACUACUGUGGAAUGGAUGGUAAUGGCCGAUAUGCCACCGGGCCAAAUUCUACUCUCGCAGGCUAAUUUAGGCUCCCUUCUAUACCUGCAAGCUGAAAAUUUUGAGUCUAAAAUCCACCAGUUGACGCUGAAACGCGAGGAACCUAAUGGAAACUUAGAAGACAACACCUUGAUAAGGGCAUUGCGCCAACUGCAUAAAAAUAGAGACUCUUGCUUCGAGAUGGCCAGCCAGUGCUACGAAAGUAUCAUCAAGUUCUCGAAAAAAAACAAAAAAUUAAGAUUCAAUGCAAAGGACCUUAUGGACCCAUCUGCGUCGCAGGCAAUUGCACUCUCUAUCUAUGGGAUGGGUGUCAUCAACCUCCACAAACGAAACCUAGCUAAGGCGGAACGUCUUCUUCAUGACUCUAUCGCUAUGGCCGAGGAAACUGGAUUCCAAGAGCUGCUUACUGAGGCCCAUCAAGAAUUGCGCAAAGUGGCUCUGGCAAAAGAAUCAGACUCUAUAACAUCAACAACGAAUGUCGUCGAGUAA